AGGCGCGUCCCGCUCCGAGUCCCGGCGGCGGUACGGGGCGGAGGCCGGGAGCCGCGGGCAGCCGCAGCCCCCCCCGGGGCGCCUCCAUAGGGCCAGGACCGGGGCCAGGGCGGUUUUGGGAGCCACCUGCCAACAUGUCCGACAAACCCGACAUGGCCGAGAUCGAGAAAUUUGACAAGUCCAAACUGAAGAAGACAGAGACGCAAGAGAAAAACCCGCUGCCUUCAAAAGAAACGAUUGAACAGGAGAAGCAAGCGGGUGAAUCGUAAUGAAAUCUGCCCUUCCAAAUUAUGCACUGUACAUUCCACAAGCAUUGCCUUCUUAUUUUACUUCUUUUAGCUGUUUAACUUUGUAAGAUGCAAAGAGGUUGGAUAAAGUUUAAAAAUGACUGUACUGCCCCUUUCACAUCAAAAGAAUAGAGAGAACUACUGACACUGAAUGAAGGCGCUGCCUUUCCCUCUGCCUGUCUGGCUUUGGUCCUGGUGGCAUGAAAGAGCUUGCAUGUUGAUGGAAGAAGAACUUGGGUGGGACUACAGUAAACUAGAGUAACACACGAAUAAAUGCAAAGCUGUACCAAGGUCCUGCGAGCUGUAAAAUGCAGUUAAUCGAGUGCCAUUUUUUUUUUUCUGUUUGUUUUUGGUUUUGUUUUUUUUUUUGUUUUUUUUUUGGUUCAAAUGACUUUAAUUAUUGGAAUGCACAAUUUUUUUAAUAUGCAAAUAAAAUGUUUUAAAACCUG